AUGCAUCUCACAGCGGUGGUCUUAAUUCUGGUCGUGACAGGCAUCGCCAAAGGUUGGGAAUGCAGCGCAGGGUGCAACACAGAAAAUGGGUUCUGUGAGAAGCCAGGGAAGUGCAGGUGCAAACCAGGGUGGCAAGGAGUCAACUGCGACCAGUGCCUGCCCUUCCCCGGCUGUCUGCACGGCACAUGUGACAGGGCAUGGCAGUGUAUCUGCGAGGAGGGCUGGGUGGGCAGCCUGUGUGACCAAGAUACUCGCCUGUGCUCAUCCGGGCCUUGUGCUGGCAAUGCCACCUGCAUAGAGACAGGAGAGGGGGGAUACCUGUGCAUCUGUCCCCGCGGCUACGCAGGAGAGAGCUGCCACCUGAGGAGAGGAGCUUGCCUCACAAAUGGCUCUCCUUGUCAGAACGGAGGCACAUGUACAGCAUAUUCCUCCUGUUUAUGUCCCCCUGGAUUUUCUGGAGACUUCUGUGAGAUCAGCGUUGACAGCUGCCAGCCUAACCCCUGCCUCAACGGUGGCAACUGUACAAACCAUGGCCUGGCCUUCACCUGUGUCUGUCCGCACAGCUUCACUGGUUUCACUUGUAACGACACCACCAGCCUCUCGCCCUGCGCCGGCCGGCCCUGUGCCAACGGGAGCACUUGUGUUGGUCAGCCUGAUGGGACCUUCCGGUGCGUUUGCCAGAAAUGGUUUACAGGUCCCACAUGUUCCCUGCAGCACAGACCGAAGGCCAGAUCAAAGCCUGUCGGUGCCAGGCCCGUGAACCACAGAGUGUUUGCGCUGACCCCGCAGCAUUACUCCCUUCCUGCUCACGCCUUCCACAAGCUCCUCAGACCGCCUGAGAGAGACCUGCUCAAGAUCACCCUGAAGGAGACCACCCACUCCCCCGGUGUCCUCGUCACCCAGGGUCAGCUCGUCUGCUUCGGCAUACUGGCCCUGCUCACAUGCCUGGUCAUCCUUGGCACCACAGGCAUUGUGUUUUUUGGCCGCUGUGAGACGUGGCUGGCUAAUGCCAAGUACAGCCAGCUUGUUCGACAGCAAAGGGAACACCUGCUGAGAGAAGCCGGAGGCGCUAACCAGGAAGAGCCGGAGCACUCAGUAAACAUCAUCCUGCCGGAAAAGAUUAGACUCAGCAGCUUUGGUAAACACUACACCUCCAUCUGAUUAAAUCUUCUCUUCCUCGCCCCUCUGGAAGGAGUUUAAUAUGAAUGUCUAAA